AUGCCAAUAUCAGCUCUCCCUCAGUCCACCGUGCGCCUUCUCGGCUCCUCAGUCACCAUCAAUACCCCCUGCGACGUUGUCAAAGAGCUUCUCGACAACGCCAUUGACGCCGGAGCUAGCUUUGUUGAGAUCGCAAUCUCGUCGAACUAUCUUGACAUCAUACGAGUUCGGGAUGAUGGCCGCGGAAUCGACGUUGACGACUUCGGCUCUCUUGGCCGGCGUGCUCACACAAGCAAGCUGACGUCCUUUGAAGAGCUUGGAGCGGUAGCCAGAGAGACACUGGGCUUCCGUGGCGAAGCCCUUGCGGCUAUGAAUACUCUCGCCAGUGUCACCGUCACCACACGCACGAUGAACGAUGUUGUGGCAUCUCGCCUGCAACUCAAGGCUGCGGUUGGGGGCGUUGACAACAAACAGCCAGUAUCAGCACCCGUCGGCACAACCGUUCAGGUCGCCAAGCUUUUCGAAAAUCUGCCGCCAAGGAAGCAAUAUUCGCUAAAGAAUAGUGCCAAAUACAUACAAUCUACAAGGGAUCUCCUGAGAGGAUACGCAUUUGCCCGUCCCGAUAUCAGACUAUCAUUCAAGGUACUCGGAGAAGCCACCAGUUGCUGGUCAUACGCUCCGACUUGCGCUGCAGGAGUCAAAGAGGCAGCUCUCCAGAUGUUUGGUGUUGCCUUGGCUAAUAGUUGCAUCCACGUGUCUCGCAAUUCAGGAUGUGAUCAGGAGGCAUCGGCCCAACGCAGUCAACAGACAUCGGAAGAAUUCAUAUUGGAAGCUCUCAUACCAAAACCCAGUUCCGAUAUCCAACAAGUCAGAGGAAAGGGAACUCAUAUAUCCGUUGACUCGAGGCCAAUCUCAUCCAGCUGCGGCCUUGGUAAAAAGGUUACAACUAUUCUCAAGGCAGCCUUGAACCGAGUUGUUGACCCUGGACAAUUGUUUGCCAGCAUAUCCACCCCCUUCAUGCAGCUCAAUAUUCGGUGCCCCCCUUAUAGCUACGAUGCCAAUGUGACGCCGCUGAAGGAUGACGUUCUCUUUGCAAAUGAGAGUACAAUCAUUGCCUGCUUUGAGGGACUGUGCCAAAAGAUAUACCCACAGAAGUCCAUUGAAGCUCCUUUCUCGACCCAGACAGCCGUGGACUGUCGAAGAGAGGCCGGGGCAUUCACAAGAGGUUUGUAUCAGCAUGGAAAGAACCAUAUGCAGCUAGACAAGGCAACUGACCAUGAUAUAGACAGCCAAGCUGCAGACAGUCCCUUAGGCAUUCAUCUCUUACAUACCACGGAGCAGCCGACCGCGCAUCAUGAAACAACCAGCAAAGACCAACCAACCGACCAAGAAACCACGUCUUCUUUGCUGCUUCCGGAAUCUUGCGCGCAGGAUGCGACAUCACUGACGGGAAUGAGGACAUCAAAAACCGUAAACAUGGCUCGUACCAACAGCAACUCUACUGAUGAGGACAGCACUGCCAACUGCCUUGACAUACAAGUGCCCCUCUCACUUAUGACUGCUACCCCUGUUCCUGCCCAACGAGCCGAUGUCAGCUCGCGCAUUCCCAAAAAGUGUGCCUCGGAGAAUAUUGAAAGAUAUCUCCUUUUGCGGCGGAAGAACGACACCUUCCAGAUUGCGACGGACGAAACGGCAACCAAGAAACCUCAACAUUUGUCCACAUCGACUGGAAUCAUCUCUGGUCGUAUGCCUUUACAGCCAUUGACUGAGUCCAUGCUGAAUGCACUGAACAAUCAGGUAGAUUCGGAAUCUGAUACGAUGAGUGCUGCCUCUGAAAUAUCGGAGCCGACUCACAGAGGACAAAGAGAUUGGCCAACACCCCCUUCGUCUGGCAAUAUGCGAAGCGGGAGAGGGUUGAACUCUCCCUUCAGACCUCCAAUGAGGACUUCUCAAAGAAAUAGUCCGACAGGGAAUCAUGCACAGGUGCAUGCGCGGCCACGGAUUAGGGCCCCGGAAAAUGGCAGGGUGAUACCAUUUCGUCUACCUGGGCAAAACCGCAUCCAGCGGCAAGUGGCACAUGAACAUCUGAACCUACGAGUUGGCUCGCGAGCCACCGCCAAUUCCAAUACCGCAGAGACUCGUUCUCAACCACACGCCCAAAGAGGACAUGGUAAUCGGCACAGAGACAAUGCGAACCAAGCUCUGAUGCAGGUCUCUGAACUAGCUUCGCGGCCGGAUACCCGACAACAUGUCUCACAGCUGCGUCCUUCUUUGCAGGGGCCGGGCCCACAAUCCCAGACUUUGCAAACAAGCUUGAUGGAAAGCUUAUCCUUCGGUGUCACAUCACCAAUGCCGGAUACCGCUCAAUAUGGCUUGAAUGCUGGCGACAAUGUCUUACAAACUUGGACGCCUGAUAUUUUCUGUGAUACGCAGCAGGAUAUUGCACCACCUGGCAGGGUGAUUAACAGUACGGAGGACCCAAGACUCUACCUCAUCAAGCGGCGACGCUCACGAGCGAGAUAUGGCAUUGCGAGGCGACUUUCUACACGCCGACUCCCCCUGGAGGUUAUUCCUCAUGAGUUGGCAGUACAAAGUGCUUCGACCUCUCUAAGGGCUUCCUUGAGGAAGGUCAAGUUACUGGCCAGACGAGCGCGUUUGCUGGGAUACGAUGUCGUGCCGGGCAACGGAAUCGAGUUCAAUACUAUGAAGGAAGCUGGCAAGGUGGAACAGGGCCUUCAGCAUGCAGUGGAAGCGUGGAAGCAAACUCAGGACCAGGCUGUUGAUGUGGAAUACACGCUCCGCUCGGCAGCCAAAGGCAAGGGUGUCUGCAUUUGA